AUGCUGUAUACCAUUGAAGCAUAUGAAAAGGUUGCACGAGUGCUUGAAAACCUUUGCAUGAGUCGCAAUAAGGGAAAAAAGAGUGUUUUCAAAGUAGUCAAGUACAUGUCGAAGGAGCCGGUGUAUUUAGUUAGAUUGGAUGGGAAUGCGAUGUAUAUUGUAAAUGGCGAGAACUUUGUGCUUGAGAACAUGGAUUUUGAGAUUGACGUUCCUGUGGAAAAGCGGGUUACGAUUGAGUUCCAUAGAUUUGUGGCAUGCAUGAGUAAUGAGAUGAAAGGUGAUAUAGAGAUGCAAUGGACAGACACACCGUUGUUAGAGAUAGAUGUAGGAACGAUUAUGUGUGAUGGAAAAGCCAAUGGCACAUUGAUUAUUUCAAGAGGGAAGCAUGGAUUGAAGUCUAUUGAGAAUAUGUUAAAGAAGUUUGUAAGGAUUGAUUCGUGGAUAAGCAGUAAGGGUGGAAUAGAAAAGUCUAUUGUGAAUGCUCUUGUCUUGAAUAAGAUGAUUUGA